GAGUUAACAAUUCGACGUUAUUAUUGUUUUUUUUUAUUGCCAUCAAUUGUGAAAUGAAAAAAUGUUCUUUAAGUUGUUAGUUAAGCUUCAACGUUUUUAGUACUCAUUCGUGAAUGAAAAUGGUGUUUAGAAUUCUACAAUAUUUCAUGAAUCAGCAGCAACUGGUAGAUAAAUUGGCGGAAUCGAAGUUUAUGAGAAGCGUUGCUCGGUUCGUUGUUCAUAAGGCUAUUCGUGCGAAAUCAUUGACAGAAGAUAUGAAGUCCGAACAAUUAGAAAAAACUCUGAAAAACAUCACCGAAAAGUUAAAGGACACCAAGAAUAAGCUUGACGGUAAACAGUGAAUACGUCAAUUCGUC